UAAAAGUGAGUACAUUUCAUAAUGCAUUUUGUUGAGACUACACCCAUGGAGUGCAGAAGUUAAGGACUUGGAUGGUACAAACUGUUGUGAGAAAAACAAGAUAUACAGGACUUGUGAAUGACUUACUAUUUGUAGUUUAUUAAAAAAAACUGAAUCAACACAGUUUAAAAGAACAUGUCACGAUUUUUUGGAAAGAAGGAUAAAAAUAAGGAUUCACAGAAAUUUUAUGUGGAAUUUUUGGGGUGGAUCGAAACUAAAGGACUUCGUGGUAGGAAGUAUACGGACCCAGUAGUAGAAAAUCUUCGUCGGAAACAGGUGAAUUGGCACAAUCCUCCUAAAUUUACAUUGCAGGUGAGCAAUCAAGAAAUUAAAAUUUCUCAAGACAUUGAAGAAAAAAAGAAACGUAAAAUAAAAACCGUGAACUAUCCCAUUAUCCCGACUCGUGAUGUUACUUACAUAGCACAAGCUACAAACCCAGACACGGGGCGACCUGAUGAUAUAGUGGCAUGUAUAUACUUAGGUUAUGUUCCAAGAACAAAUAAAUACGUUCACGUGCACGUAUAUAGGUUUGAUACAGCCGAAACCGCAGCUCAGUAUGUGAAGUUGUUAAAUAACAUCAUCUCAGUACACACGGAAAGGACAAAAGAAAUUGAGAGGUCUCUUGCCAGCAAAGGCCAUAUUCAUGAUCCUAGGUUAAUAGAAUCAGAUGGAUAUAGCGACCCAAGAACAGAUUCUGCAGCCGACUCCGGUGCCAGUACGUACAGCGAGAAUUCUUUUCCAGACAUGGAUGAUAUUGAACCAGAUUUACAAAGUCUAAAGGAAGUAAUGGCAUACGACAAUGUAACAGACGAGCUAAGACAGAGGCUUAAUGUUUCGAAAAAAGAAGGAGUGCCAAUUCUCCUUCCCCCAAAAGACUAUGAUACAAUAAGUCGUGCUAAAGGGAACUUGGAUCGCGUCGACAAACGUAAAUGUUUAAACGAAACAAUAGUUGGUGUGAAUGUGCAACAACAACGUUCAAGAAAUGGUUCAGAUGAAAGCGGUAUAGAUGUAUCGACGCCUUCUGAGGAUUCUGAAGAUAAAAUGUCGGAAGACCGAGACAAAUUACAUAAUGAACUUGACAGUCCGAUCUCUUCACCACCGCUUAGUGCCCGUGACAGUUACAGAGAUGUUUACCCUCCUCAAUCUGCUAGGGGUCCUGGAACCCCAAGAAGCGCUCACGAGCAUAGGAUUCUUACCCGUAAUCUAUCGUUCCAUUCAAAUUACAGCUACCGAAGUAUAGGAUCUGCGUCUUCUAACGACGGAAGCGCCGUGAUAUAUAAGGGAGAAAGAACAUCAGAACGACUGGAUGAUCUUCCACCAGAUUAUGAUAAUGAGGAACCCGUACAAAUGCGUAAAGGGGGCAUGAAUUGGAGAAACACCAACUUGAAUGCUUCAAUGCCAGAUCAGCGAUUUCAGAGGAAUGCUUUUAGUGAAAAUCUGAAUAAAUCUAUGUCAUCACAUGUACUGAAAAAUGAACAAGUGUAUGCAGUUGUUAACAAGAAGCGAACUCUAUCUACGAACAAUUCACAAAACAUGUAUUCGCCUCGAUCCCAAGUCAACGAAGUUCGACGUGUACAUUCCAUGUAUAACUACAAAUGAUUUUAUAUCGAUAUUUAUAUGAUAGUAUAUUAUAUAACAUAAUAUCAUGCUAGGGCCAUCCUAACCUUAAAGUGCUAAGACAUAUCAGAGAGGGCUUUGAGCCCAGAAUGAGCAUAGAAUCAAAAUCAUGCACACAAUGGCAGUGUGGAAUAUUCAGGAACAUUUGUGAUAUUAAUUUCGCAUGCAUUUUAACGAAAUCGUGACAGAAUGUAACGAUCAUAAUUAUAUUUAUGUAUGUAUUUAUAGCUUAAUGUAAACAAUUCUACUUUUCUUUCGGUAUAUGGUUUUAUUUUGAAAGAUAUAUCAAUAUUUGACAUGUGAAGUGCAUUCCUUUGAUUUAAAUAUAUUUAGUCGGUUGCACUGCAUCAGAAAUGUAAACAAAUUUACCUAUAAUGUUCACAUACCAAACAAUAUUUAUUAUAAACUUGUAUAAAACAUGUAGUGACACUUGUUUUAGCAACUAUUUAAGGAUCGUUUAAAGAAAAUAGUUCAAGGAAAAUUUUGAAUCAUUUUUUUUCAUUAUGAAUUUAAUCGUUUAUAAGUAAAGGAGCGCUUAACAUUAAGAAAUAAUGAUACCUAAUACAUGUGUAGGUUUGCUGCUAUUUUUAUCCAUCACAUUUACAUAAGUUAAUUUUGGUCACCAGUGCGUAAAAUAUUACAAGUAUUUCAUAACACCUGAAAGAAAAGACGCUAUUUCUGAAGUUGCUGCAUUACAUUUACAACAUCCAAUUUUCAAAAUAUUUAUAUUUAUUUGAACUUUUAAUGAAGUGAAGAGUUUAUUCAUUUUGUUUUUUUCUGUAAAUUAGAAAUUGAACUUUUUUGUGACAGGUGUUUUAGUUGUAAAGAACCUAUAAAGCAUAACAUUCGGGAAAUACAUUUUAAAUGUCCUUACGGAUUCAGUUUUUAACAAAAUCAGAUAAAACGUUUCAAAUUCCACGUAUUGUUUGAUAAAAUACGAUAGAUAGAUACAUGUUUUGCAAAUAUAAAGGCAAUAAAUUAACUUUGUUUAAAAUUUUAACAGAAGGUGUCCUCAAUAUGAUAUUUUGAAAAAUUGCCAAAUAUUUGUUAAAUACAGUAGUCACGCCUUGUUCUUCGAUACAAUCUAUCUUAUUACGAAACGUGUCUUUUUGUCAAUAUUUCCAUUUCAAUUCACUAUAUUGUUUAGAAUUAAUCGUAUGUAUUAAUGAAACACUAACUGUAUACACUUAUGGGUCCUUUGAAUGUUUGUCACAUUUACACAAUUUAUGAGUUGUUUCAUGUCGAAACAAAUCAAUGAUACGUGUUUUUGCUUCACUGCAGAAUCUUGCCAAAAAUAAGGUUCAGAAAGUGGCGGAUAAGGAUAAUUUGGAAAGAGUAUACUUAUAUAGUCGGAGAGAUGAUAGGGUGGCUAAUCGUUAUGUGGUUAUUUUAAGAAAUUUAUCAGAUGGGAUGGAAAGUGCUUUGGAUGCCAUCUCCGCACUUAUCAUGAACAUUCCAUUCACCAGAUGAAGGUUUAAGCUUGUUUUAUUGACAAAGUCCAUUCGUGGAUAAUACUACUUGUUUAAUGUAUAAUUGUUUCCUUAUUAAUAAAAGCGCAUUUUUUCUGAUUAAAGUAAAUAUGAUAUUUCCAGUAUUGGAAUUUUUUUUUAAUCUACGUAAUUAAUUUGAACAAGAGGUAACAUCUACCUCGUACAAUUCUAAAACACGACCACUUAUUUUCAUUAAGACUUUGUGCAUAUGAAAUUGUACAAUUCUUCCAUGUUUUGUUACUAGUUGUUAAUAUCGUUGCGUUAUUUAUUUGUUAAAAUGUACAUAAGUUAUGUUGUUUUGAGUAAUAUUAGUCCCUUUAUAAUAAAGACAUUGUUUUUCGCCCACCACUUGGACAAAUGGCAAAUUUCAAUUAAGUAGAAGAAGAAAAAAGCAACCUGAUUUCUUUUAAGUUAACACGCAAACUUUCAAGGUACAAAUAUAAUUGUUACCAGUUUUAUGUUCACAUAUAUAUAUUGUUAUUGUUUUAUAAUAAAUAUUAUUUCUUA